CACCAGGGUAUUCCAGUCGAAUACCUAUAUCAACACCCUUUCUCGAAUCCUACACUGAGACACACAUCUUAUAACGUACCAGAUCCGGAAUUAAUCCUCACAAUGCCCGUCCCAUCAUCUUUCCAAGCCGGCGAGGCGUCCUCCCCCACAGCCAGAAUAGCCCCGGCCGAGCGCAGCCUCCCCGCCAUCGGGCCCAACGAAGUAGGCAUCAAGAUCACCGCCACUGCGAUUAAUCCCGUUGACUGGAAAGUACGCGGCUUCAAUGGAUUUCUCAAAACAUACCCGGCCGUCCUCGGUUCCGAUGCCGCCGGAGUAGUGGCGGCCACUGGAUCCGACGUGCAGCAUCUCCAAGUCGGCGAGCGCGUCUUCUUCCAGGGGAUCAUCGGGAAAUAUGAUUUUUCGACAUUCCAGCAAUACUGCAAGAUGCCCGCCGAGCUCGUGUCCAAGACCCCCAGCAACAUUACCGACGACGAAGCCGCAGGCAUCUUACUCGCGACCGUGGCUGUCGUGACUGCGUUCUACAGCAAGGACGGACACGGAGUAACCCCGCCUUGGGAGGAAGGAGGUCGGGAAGCCGGAAAAGGGAAAUCGAUUGUCAUCAUUGGCGGCGCAUCUUCGGUCGGACAGUACGCUAUCCAGAUGGCUCGUCUCUCAGGGUACGACCGUAUCGUGACAAAUGCGAGUGCGAGCAACCACGAGUUUCUCAAAGACAAGCUCGGGGCGCAUGUAGUGCUAGAUCGGAACGAUUCGACCCCCGAAGCCUUUCACGCAGCGCUGGAAGGGUUGCCACUGGAUUUCGUGUUUGACAGCAUCUCUUCUGCAUCGACGCAAAAGCUUGGCGCUCAAGUUGCGCAAAAGGCGAAUGCGUCUAGCGGACACUCUGUUACUGAUCAGGUUGUGAUUGUCAACGGUCCGGACCCUGAGGCGGUGGCGCUGGGUCAAAGUAUGGAACCUCGAGUUGAGAUCCAACAGAUUGUUGGUCUUGGGAGUGCCCCGGCGUUGAGAUGGCUUAGCGAGCCUAUGGUAAAAGCGAUUGGCGGCGAGGAUGGAUAUAUUGCGCAGGGGCUCUUCAUUCCGAACAGACCGCAUGUAGUGGCUGGGGGUCUUGCGGCGCUGGAAGACGCAUUGGCGUUGAACAAACAGGGUGUCUCGGGGAAGAAACUUAUCAUCCAUCCAUUCGAUGAAUAG